CCCAGGGCCCACUCCAUGAAGACUGAGGCAGGCGUCACUGCUGAGGAGAGCCUGCUGACAUGACAUCCGCCACAGAGUUUGAAAACGUGGGCAACCAGCCACCCUACAGCCGGAUCAAUGCCCGCUGGGAUGCCCCAGACGAUGAGCUGGACAAUGACAACAGCUCAGCCAGGCUCUUCGAGAGGUCCCGGAUCAAGGCCUUGGCAGAUGAGCGCGAAGUGGUUCAGAAAAAGACCUUCACGAAAUGGGUGAACUCACACCUGGCACGUGUGUCCUGCCGCAUCACCGACCUCUACAAGGACCUGCGGGAUGGCCGCAUGCUCAUCAAGCUGCUGGAGGUGCUCUCUGGGGAGAUGCUGCCAAAGCCCACCAAGGGGAAGAUGCGCAUCCACUGCCUGGAGAACGUGGACAAGGCCCUCCAGUUCCUCAAGGAGCAGCGCGUGCACCUGGAGAACAUGGGCUCCCAUGACAUUGUGGACGGCAACCACCGCCUGGUCCUGGGCCUCAUCUGGACCAUCAUCCUCCGCUUCCAGAUUCAGGACAUUGUUGUCCAAACUCAGGAAGGUCGUGAGACACGCUCAGCCAAGGAUGCAUUGCUGCUGUGGUGUCAGAUGAAGACAGCAGGCUACCCCCAUGUCAAUGUCACCAACUUCACCUCCAGCUGGAAGGAUGGGCUGGCCUUCAAUGCCUUGAUACACAAACACCGGCCUGACCUGAUUGACUUUGAUAAACUGAAGGACUCCAACGCCCGCCAUAACCUGGAGCACGCAUUUGACGUGGCCGAGCGCCAGCUGGGCAUCAUCCCACUCCUGGACCCCGAAGAUGUCUUCACAGAAAACCCCGAUGAGAAGUCCAUCAUCACCUAUGUGGUGGCAUUUUACCACUACUUCUCCAAGAUGAAGGUCCUGGCCGUGGAGGGCAAGCGCGUCGGCAAGGUCAUUGACCAUGCCAUCGAGACCGAGAAGAUGAUCGAGAAGUACAGCGGGCUGGCGUCUGACCUGCUCACCUGGAUCGAGCAGACCAUCACCGUCCUGAAUAGCCGCAAGUUUGCCAACUCACUGGCGGGCGUCCAGCAGCAGCUGCAAGCCUUCAGCACCUACCGCACUGUGGAGAAGCCACCCAAGUUUCAGGAGAAGGGGAAUCUGGAAGUCCUACUUUUUACCAUCCAGUCCCGGAUGAGAGCCAACAAUCAGAAAGUGUACACACCCCAUGAUGGAAAACUAGUAUCUGACAUCAAUAGGGCCUGGGAGAGCCUGGAGGAGGCUGAGUACCGGCGGGAGCUGGCCCUGAGGAAUGAGCUCAUCCGGCAAGAGAAGCUGGAGCAGCUGGCCCGGCGCUUUGACCGGAAGGCCGCCAUGAGAGAGACGUGGCUCAACGAGAACCAGCGCCUUGUGGCCCAGGAUAACUUCGGAUAUGACUUGGCAGCCGUGGAGGCCGCCAAGAAGAAGCACGAGGCCAUCGAGACCGACACGGCUGCCUACGAGGAGCGGGUGCGGGCCCUGGAGGACCUGGCACAGGAGCUGGAGAAGGAGAACUACCAUGACCAGAAGCGCAUCACGGCCCGCAAGGACAACAUCCUGCGCCUGUGGGCCUACCUGCAGGAGCUGCUGCGGGCGCGGCGCCAGAGGCUCGAGACCACCCUGGCACUGCAGAAGCUCUUCCAGGACAUGCUGCACAGCAUCGACUGGAUGGAUGAGAUCAAGGCUCACAUCUUGUCUGCCGAGUUUGGGAAGCACUUGUUGGAGGUCGAGGACUUGCUCCAGAAGCACAAGUUGAUGGAGGCUGACAUCGCCAUCCAAGGGGACAAAGUGAAGGCCAUCACCAAGGCCACGCAGCAGUUCACUGAGGGGAAAGGGUACCAGCCUUGUGACCCCCAGGUCAUCCAGGACCGCAUCAGCCAUCUGGAGCAGUGCUUUGCAGAACUGAGCAACAUGGCGGCUGGACGCAAGGCCCAGCUGGAGCAGUCCAAGCGACUCUGGAAGUUCUUCUGGGAGAUGGACGAGGCCGAGAGCUGGAUCAAGGAGAAGGAGCAGAUCUACUCCUCCCUGGACUACGGCAAGGACCUGACCAGCGUGCUCAUCCUGCAGCGCAAGCACAAGGCCUUUGAGGACGAGCUGCGCGGGCUGGACGCCCACCUGGAGCAGAUCUUCCGGGAGGCUGAGGGCAUGGUGGCGCGCAAGCAGUUCGGGCACCCGCAGAUCGAGGCCCGCAUCAAGGAGGUGUCGGCCCAGUGGGACCAGCUGAAGGAGCUGGCCGCCUUCCGCAAGAAGAACCUCCAGGACGCCGAGAACUUCUUCCAGUUCCAGGGCGACGCAGACGACCUGAAGGCCUGGCUGCAAGAUGCCCACCGGCUGCUCUCAGGGGAAGACGUGGGGCAGGACGAGGGUGCCACGCGGGCCCUGGGGAAGAAGCACAAGGACUUCCUGGAGGAGCUGGAGGAGAGCCGCGGGGCCAUGGAGCACCUGGAGCGGCAGGCCCACGACUUCCCCCAGGAGUUCCGGGACUCCCCGGACGUGACCAACCGGCUGCAGGCCCUGCGGGAGCUCUACCAGCAGGUGGUGACACAGGCAGACCUGCGUCGGCAGAGGCUGCAGGAUGCACUGGACCUGUACACGGUGUUCGGGGAGACGGACGCCUGUGAGCUGUGGAUGGGCGAGAAGGAGAAAUGGCUGGCCCAGAUGGACAUCCCAGACACCCUGGAGGACCUGGAGGUCGUGCAGCACAGGUUCGACAUCCUGGACCAGGAGAUGAAGACGCUGAUGGCCCAGAUCGAGGGUGUGAACCUCGCUGCCAACAGCCUGGUGGAAAGCGGCCACCCACGCAGCGGGGAAGUGAAGCAGUACCAGGACCACCUGAACAGCAGGUGGCAGGCAUUCCAGGCCAUGGUGUCCAAGCGGCGGGAGGCGGUGGACUCGGCCCUCCGAGUGCAUAACUACUGUGUGGACUGCGAGGAGACCAGCAAGUGGAUCACAGACAAGACGAAGGUGGUGGAGUCCACCAAGGAGCUGGGGCGGGACCUGGCGGGUGUCAUCGCCAUCCAGCGCAAGUUGUCGGGCCUGGAGCGCGAUGUGGCCGCCAUCCAGGCCCGUGUGGGGUCCCUGGAGCGGGAGUCACAGCGGCUGAUGAAGUCACACCCUGACCUGAAGGAGGAUAUCGGCCGGCGGCAGGCAUAUGUGGAGGAGCUGUGGCAGGGCCUGCAGCGAGCCCUGCAGGGCCAGGAGGCCUCCCUGGGGGAAGCCAGCCAGCUGCAGGCCUUCCUGCAGGAGCUGGAUGACUUUCAGGCCUGGCUGUCCAUGGCCCAGAAGGCCGUGGCCUCCGAGGACACGCCCGAGUCGCUCCCAGAAGCCGAGCAGCUCCUGCAGCAGCACGCGGCCAUCAAGGACGAGAUCGACGGGCACCAGGAGAGCUACCGGCAUGUCAAGGAGGCCGGGGAGAAGGUGACCCGAGGCCAGACGGACCCAGAGUACCUGCUUCUGGGCCAGCGGCUGGAAGGCCUGGACACCGGCUGGGACGCCCUGCGCCGGAUGUGGGAGAGCCGCGGCCGGUCCCUCGCCCAGUGCCUCGGCUUCCAGGAAUUCCAGAAAGACGCCAAGCAGGCCGAAGCCAUGCUCAGCAACCAGGAAUAUUUCCUGGCUCGCCUGAAGCCCUCAGACUCCCUCCAAGAGGCAGAGGCUGGGAUCCGGAAUUUUGAGGAGUUCUUGGUGUUGAUGGAGAACAACCGGGACAAGGUCAUGAGUCCUGUGGACUCUGGGAACCAGCUGGUGGCCGAGGGAAACCUGUACUCAGACAAGAUCAAGGAGAAGGUGCAGCUGAUCGAGGACAGGCACAGGAAAAACAACGAGAAGGCCCAGGAGGUUUCCGUCCUCCUGAAAGACAACCUGGAGCUGCAGAACUUCCUGCAGAACUGCCAGGAGCUCACCCUCUGGAUCAACGACAAGCUGCUGACAUCUCAGGAUGUCUCCUUCGAUGAAGCACGAAACCUUCACAACAAGUGGCUGAAGCACCAGGCAUUUGUGGCUGAGCUGGCUUCCCACCAGGGCUGGCUGGAGAACAUAGACGCGGAAGGGAAGCAGCUGAUAGAGGAAAAGCCCCAGUUUGCAACCCUAGUGUCCCAGAGGCUGGAAGCCCUGCACCGGCUCUGGGAUGAGCUGCAGGCCACCACGAAGGCGAAGACCCAGCAGCUCUCGGCCGCCAGGAGCUCCGACCUGCGCUUACAGACCCAUGCCGACCUCAACAAGUGGAUCAGCGCCAUGGAGGACCAGCUGCGCUCGGACGACCCUGGGAAGGACCUGACCAGUGUCAACCGGAUGCUGGCGAAGCUGAAGCGAGUGGAGGACCAAGUGAAUGUGCGGAAGGAGGAGCUGGGAGAGCUGUUUGCCCAGGUGCCCUCGUUAGAGGAGGAGGCAGGAGAUGCAACCCUGAGCAUUGAGAGGCGCUUCCUGGACCUCCUGGAGCCCCUGGGGAGGAGGAAGAAGCAGCUGGAAUCUUCCAGAGCCAAGCUGCAGAUCAGCCGGGACUUGGAAGAUGAGACGCUCUGGGUGGAUGAGAGGCUGCCCCUGGCCCAGUUGGCCGACUAUGGCACGAAUCUGCAGACCGUGCAGCUGUUCAUGAAGAAGAACCAGACGCUGCAGAACGAGAUUCUGGGCCACGCGCCGCGGGUGGAGGACGUGCUGCGGAGAGGGCAGCAGCUGGUGCAGGCAGCCGAGAUCGACUGCCAGGACCUGGAGGAGCGCCUGGGGCAGCUGCAGGCCUCGUGGGACCGGCUACGGGAGGCGGCGGCGGCGCGGCUGCAGCGCCUGCGGGAUGCCAACGAGGCCCAGCAGUACUACCUGGAUGCGGGCGAGGCCGAGGCCUGGAUAGGGGAGCAGGAACUCUAUGUCAUCUCCGAUGAGACCCCCAAGGAUGAAGAGGGUGCCAUCGUGAUGCUGAAGCGCCAUCUGCGGCAGCAACGCGCAGUGGAGGAGUAUGGGAGGAACAUCAAGCAGCUGGCCGGACGGGCCCAGGGCCUGCUGUCUGCGGGCCACCCCGAGGGGGAACAGAUCAUCCGACUCCAGGGUCAAGUGGACAAGCAGUACGCGGGGCUGAAGGACAUGGCCGAGGAGCGCAGGCGCAAGCUGGAGAAUAUGUACCACCUGUUCCAGCUGAAGAGGGAGGCGGAUGACCUGGAGCAGUGGAUCGCGGAGAAGGAGCUGGUGGCCUCCUCCCCCGAAAUGGGGCAGGACUUUGACCAUGUCACUCUGCUCCGGGAUAAGUUCCGGGACUUCGCCCGGGAGACAGGGGCCAUAGGGCAGGAGCGGGUGGACAACGUGAACGCCAUCAUUGAGCGGCUCAUCGACGCCGGCCACGGCGAGGCGGCCACCAUCGCCGAGUGGAAAGACGGGCUGAACGAGAUGUGGGCCGACCUGCUGGAGCUCAUCGACACGCGCAUGCAGCUGCUGGCCGCCUCCUACGACCUGCACCGCUACUUCUACACAGGCGCCGAGAUCCUGGGCCUCAUCGACGAGAAGCACCGUGAGCUGCCCGAGGACGUGGGGCUGGAUGCCAGCACGGCCGAGUCCUUCCACCGCGUGCACACGGCCUUUGAGCGCGAGCUGCACCUGCUGGGCGUGCAGGUACAGCAGUUCCAGGACGUGGCCACCCGCCUGCAGACGGCAUAUGCCGGGGAGAAGGCCGACGCUAUCCAGAAAAAGGAGCAAGAUGUGUCUGACGCGUGGCAGGCGCUGCUGGACGCCUGUGCCGGGCGCCGGACGCAGCUCGUGGACACAGCAGACAAGUUCCGCUUCUUCAGCAUGGCCCGCGACCUCCUAUCCUGGAUGGAGACCAUCAUCCGGCAGAUCGAGACCCAGGAGAGGCCCAGGGAUGUCUCCUCCGUGGAGCUGCUCAUGAAGUACCACCAGGGCAUCCGGGCUGAGAUCGAAACCCGCAGCAAGAACUUCAGUGCCUGCUUGGAGCUGGGAGAGUCCCUGCUGCAGCGGCAGCACCAGGCCUCGGAGGAGAUCAGUGAGAAGCUGCGGCAGGUGGUGUCCAGGAGGAAGGAGAUGGACGAGAAGUGGGAAGCCCGCUGGGAGCGACUGCGCAUGUUGCUGGAGGUGUGCCAGUUUUCGCGGGAUGCCUCCGUGGCUGAGGCGUGGCUGAUCGCCCAGGAGCCCUACCUGGCCAGCCGGGACUUUGGACACACGGUGGACAGUGUGGAGAAGCUCAUUAAGAGGCAUGAGGCCUUCGAGAAAUCCACAGCCAGCUGGGCAGAGCGCUUUGCUGCCCUGGAGAAGCCUACCACACUUGAGCUGAAAGAACGCCAGACCCCAGAGGGACCCACGGAGGAGACAGGGCCCCAAGAGGAGGAAGGCGAGACGGCAGGGGAGGCGCCACGAGCUCCCCACCGCGCAGCCACCGAGAGAACGUCCCCGGGGGAAGAUGGGGGGCCGCGGCCUCAGGACCUGCAGCCGCCACCCCCGCCAGGGCGGCAUGAGGACGGGCCGGCGGAGAAGCCCGGUGGGGACAAGCGGCCCGCCACGGAGCCCCUCUUCAAAGCCCUGGACACGCCCCUGAGCGAGGGCGACGAGCCCACCACACUGCCGGCCCCGCGUGACCACGGGCACAACGUGCAGAUGGAGGGCUACCUUGGCCGGAAGCACGACUUGGAGGGGCCCAACAAGAAGGCCUCCAACAGGUCCUGGAACAACCUGUACUGUGUGCUCAGGAACAGUGAGCUGACCUUCUACAAGGAUGCCAAGAACCUGGCCCUGGGGAUGCCCUACCACGGAGAGGAACCCCUGGCCCUAAGACACGCCAUCUGUGAGAUUGCCGCCAACUACAAGAAGAAGAAGCAUGUCUUUAAGCUGAGGCUGAGUAACGGCAGUGAGUGGCUGUUUCACGGCAAGGACGAGGAGGAGAUGCUGUCCUGGCUGCAAGGCGUCAGCACGGCCAUCACGGAGUCCCAGAGCAUCCGUGUCAAGGCGCAGAGUCUGCCCCUGUCCUCCCUCUCAGGCCCUGAUGCCAGCCUUGGCAAGAAGGACAAGGAGAAGAGAUUCAGCUUCUUCCCCAAAAAGAAGUAGCGGCUGGCAGCCCCCGCGGUGGGG